AACGACAAUAUCAUUACAACAACUACCACUAAAAUAGCACCACCGUUUGAACCUCAUCUCCUCCCCGUUUACCUCCAUCAUUACUGCUAACAACAACAACAACAACAGCAAGUAUGUUUACUGAUUCUGGCACCAGAUCCAACCCUAAGAUGGUGCAAAGUUCUGCCAUGAUGAACGUAAUCAACAUGGAAUCUCUCUCUGACUGGAAGUACAGCUACAUCUUCUGUUACCAGGAUUCUGCCAGCAAGACGCUCAUUCUCCAUGCCAUCGAGUCCAAGAAGCCGCAACAUGUUGCGACGGUCCUCCACGAUGUCCUUCAUCUUGUUGGUUUCCCCAACGUCGUCAGGAGCGAGAGCAGUCACGUGUUCGUGUCACGAGUCCUCCAGGAAAUGCGGAUUUUGUGGGGCCCCUGCAGUUCGGGCCUGAAUUCUACACAGCAGGUCGACAUGUCGAAUUACUCCAGGGAAGAAGAAGAGGAGGAGGAGAAUGAGGCGGAGGAUGAAGAUAAUGGCAGCAUGAUAAAUAAUGUGUAUGUCCUGGAAACCCUCAAAAACUGGAUGAUACAGCACAACAGCAGCAACUGGAGCCUGGGUGUGAAGCUGGUUCAAUUCCAAGAGAACUCCAUCAAUCAAAACGCUAACGUGGACUUUGUGUCUUCGGAUAAACUGCUCACGGAACUUGCAAGUAUUUAUAUGCCAUUUGAAUGUUUAAAAAGUUUGAAAAGCAAUGACGAACUAAACCAAAUCCUUCACAGGACCCUUACGACGGGGCUUGAAGAUUUACUAUCGCAGUUAGGUGUGACCCCUAAAAGGACUGUUUGCUGCAGAUCAUCAACAGCAAAACCCCAGGGAAAAUGUACAAACGGGCAUGUUGCUGAUAAAAAAUUCCAAUUUGAAAGAAGGGGUGUUUUGCGCUCAGAUUUAGGGACCCCUGCCUGCUGUAACAGAAAACCUUGUGUUACAAAUGAAGUAUCCUCAGUAAAAGAGAUAUCCGAGUCCAGACUUGAUGGUUCUGUCCUUGGUAGGUCCAUAAUCCAAGACAGUGACACCAGUUCAAGGACAGCUGCUGUCACAAAUGAUUCUCCUGCUCAGGAUUUUUCACCCAAUUCCAUACAUUCUACUCAUUCUGAUUUCCACACAACCGGAAUUAAAUCUCAAUUGGAUCGUUCUGCAGCAAGUGGAGCACUUGAAAAGCCAAGUGCUGUAAUUGUAGACGUUUCUUCUAAUUGCCCAGAUAGGCAUCUACAUCUUCAUCAUCACCAUCACCAUCAUCAUCUUCAUCGAUAUUCUCGACCAUCUUCUCCUCGUUCCCAGCAGCAUGAGCGUUUCUGGGAAGCACUUAACAGUGAUGGGGAAUACCAAUGUGACCUUUCUCGUCACUCUGAUAGAUGUACGAAGGAUCUCAGUUGCAAAUCGAAAUGUGUGCGGGACAUCAUUCGGUUUAUGGAGUUGCAGUCUUGCCAGUCCAGUAAAAACAAAAUAUCCUUGACCGCUGAUAAAAAGCUGCAAAAUCAAUCCCUGGACGAUUCAGCGAAUUCUUCCCUUGAUGGAGACAGUGGUCCCAGUCAAAUGCUCAGCCAAUCUAUAUCAGAAACACCAGUUCAAGUGACCACCCUUCCUACUUUAAAUAUGAGCAACAGCCCUGUCUGUGUUGCCGACACGGGUGACAGGACUCCAGACCAGGAUUGGGUUUCUUGUGGUCAAAUAGCCACUCAUUCCUGUUUGGACAUCGGUCAACCUUCACUUGAUAACAGAAUCGAUAAUGAAACACCUGUCCAGACAGCAUUGCACGUGCAGCAAAUAUCGGCACCAACUGAUGUGUGGAAUGAAGAUGAAAAUAAUUGUGCAAAGAACUUUACAGAAGGUGCGUUGAACCGUGAAGAGACAGCAUUGAACUGUGCAGAGAAUACAUCGUCACAGACGUCGAGAAAUAAUCCUACAUCGCCAUCGGUUAACAUAGGGGAACGGUGCUUUGUUUACAGCACCAAGAGGGGUUCUGCGAAGGCUUUUGUUUCUUUAAGUCGGAGUUCAAGUUUAACUGAGAUUAAUACACCUAUGACCUGCAUAUCAGUGCCCCCUUGUAGCAUUCCUGAAAUACAGAAUCCCGUUGAUUCAUCCACUGUCGAAAAUUCUGAUAAAUUCCAGGAUUCACAGUGCUUGCUUAAAGUUCAGGACAUUGUAAAAAAACUGGAAAUAUCCAACGCGAAAUGUUCAGACUGUGAGGAUUUUAAAAAGAACAGGAAAAUUCCUGAAAGAGCUAGCAACAUCGGAAAUAUCAUAAAACAGCUGGAAUCAUUUGCAGGACCUCAUCCAAAGUGGAGAACUUUGAGAAUAAUUGGUCAAAGCUGCGAGGACUUGAAUAACCUCGGUAAGGACUGUGAUGUGAGCAGUUGUGCUUCUGAUGGGUCCAUCGUGUCGGGGAAUACUUCGUUGUCAGGCGAUGAUGAAACUGAGGAAGUAGAGUUACCAAAUGAUCUACUUGUGGAGAAGCCGGACACUGGUCUUGUCUUAAGCAUUGAUGACCAGUCCUCACCUGACCACAGGUGUUUAACGUGGAAGGAUUCUAAUCAGUUGAUUGAUACCACAGAUAAUUACGACACUGAUGAUGUUGGUCAUGGAGAUGAUGAUGAUGAUGAUGAUGACAGGUGUCAUGAUUAUUACAAAGUUAAUUACAGCAAUGAUGUUGAUGAUGAUGAUGAUCAUAUCUGCAGUGACGGUGCCCCUGAUAAGGUGAAAUACGUGGAUGAGAAAAAGAACAUCAAAGAACGUCACUUUUCCAGCUGUUCCACUUUAAAGCUUUCUAAUUCAGAAAACUUUAUUGACUCAUUAUCCAAUAAUGACACUGAUGAUGAUGAUGUUGAUGAUGAUGAUAUUGAUGCUGAUGAUGAUGAUGCUUUUACUUAUACGGAAGAACUGAACCAACGCAUAAACAAAGUCAUUUACCGUCUCAAGUCAGAAUCCGAUAUGCCUGACUACCUGAAGGAUGAAGAUUUUGGAGAAUGUUGCGAAGACAGCAGUAUUGGCGGCAUGUCUCAGAACACAACUGCCGAUGAGAUAUCAAUGUCACAGGAGGCAGGUUUCCAUGGAAACGGGUCAACCGACGCGGACUGUGCGGACCCUGUAACUCCUACCAAUGCUGACCCGCCUCAGUGUUUCCCAAGCAAACUCCGCACUUCUCCUUCUUGCUACAAUCUCAACUCCUACAUCUCGACGAGUUAUUUCUGCGAGAGCAGCCAAGACGGUGCCUAUGUCAAGCCUAACAUUUGUGAAAGUUUCGAUGAGGUUUCAAACUCAGUCCCAUCUGAUGGAGAUCACGUAUCUUUAAAUCACAUCCACAACAACCCUAACUCUGUCAAUUUGAGUACCCCCUCUAACAGACUCGAACCCCUUAUACAACAACGGUCCAGCACAUGCACCACAGUCAUCCACACCCCUUCUUGGUACGUCCCUUCUUAUGAAAACCCUAAACAAAUCACAAAUCCAAAUGACAAUCACAGUGAGAUGCCCUUCCUCACGGACAUUGAGCAGAAAAUAAAGCAAGCCCUACAGGAACUCGAGUCUGUGGAUUUCUGCCGUCACCUGACAUUCGACAGUCUCUGUCCCACAUCAGUAUUGUUCAAUGAGGGUAGUGGGGCAAAGCCGGAAUGCAUUUCAUUUCCUCAGUGCAAGCAGUGCGAGUGCGAUGGUGCAUCACAUUGCCAGAAGUGCAACUAUGCAUUGCCACAUCAGCUGCAGGAUCACUGCUACUUGUACUGCCAGUUGUGCAGUCUCUUCAACAAACGCCUCGUUGCAACUCAGGAACAAUUUCAUUAUCAGGUUUAUGAGAAAAGGACCAUCCUUCGUGGUAAAUCUUUCUAUGCUAUCGAGACCAAACCUUAUUGUGAAUCUUGUUAUGUUAACACCCUUGAAAAAUGUUCAGUUUGUUCGAAACCUGUUAUUGAUCGGUUGUUGAGAGCUACGGGCAAACCCUACCAUCCUUCCUGUUUCACCUGUGUGGUCUGUGGUAAAAGUCUUGAUGGUGUGCCUUUCACAGUCGAUGCUACCAACCAAAUUCAUUGUAUUGAUGACUUCCAUAAAAAAUUUGCCCCUCGCUGUUGUGUGUGUCAACUGCCGAUUAUGCCCGACCCUGGCAAGGAGGAGACAGUGCGUGUGGUAGCUAUGGACAGAAGCUUCCAUGUGCACUGCUACUGCUGUGAGGAUUGUGGUAUGCUGUUAUCAUCAGAAGCUGAAGGACGAGGAUGCUACCCUCUCGAUGACCACAUACUCUGUAAAAUCUGCAAUGCGAAGCGUAUUCAGGCACUCACCACCAAAAUGACUACAGAACUGUAAACGUCAGCAGGGGGAAUAUUAUGACAUGCUCUUGGGUCAGAGACCCUGGCUUUUCUCUCUCUUGACAGAGCUACAUGUUCCUGUUCUCACAGAUUCAUAUAAUACUCCUGUCUCACACAGCUACACAUAUAUAUGUGUGUGUGAAUAUAUAUAUAUAUAUAUAUAUAGGCACACAUACACAUUCUCCUAUUUGACAGAUUCAUUCAUAUACUCCAAUCUAAUAUAUAUAUAUUUAUUAUUUAUUAUACUUAUACAAGAAGACGGAUGGCUGACUUCAAAGUUUUGACCUGCAACGCUUCAUUUGACUUUGAAAUUUCAGUCUACUAGCCUUUGGCUGCCAGACCAAAACUUCAAGGUCACUGUCACUUCUCUUGUGAAAGGAUAAUAAAUAUGUACUCUUCCAAAAAGUAUUGAGUAAUUCUUCAGUAUGAUGUCUAAUUGUUUUUAUUAUAACUCAAUAUAAAAACAAACCUUAAUUUAUAUAUAUAUACACACACACACACACACACACUCCUGUUUGUCAGAUUCAUAUACUCCUGUCUGAUAUAUAUAUAUAAUCAAAAUAAGCAACAAGGAUAUCCAGAGGUAAUGCAGUACGAUCGUUUCAUGUGACUCCAUUUAAUUGAACAAUGCAAUCAUUACAUCAAUUUAAAAGAGCAAUCUUCAGCUGCACAAAAAACAUAGAAUUUAAUUAAAUUAGAACAGAUGGACACAUUAGUAUAAUUUUACCUAAAAUCUUCAAGAGGAUAAGGAGACUAUGACGUUGUUGGUAAAAGAUGUUCUUUGUCUAUCUCCUUAUCCUCUUGGAGAUUUUAGGUAAAAUUAUACUAAUGUGUCCAUCUGUUCUAAUUUAAUUAAAUUCUAUGUUUUUUGU